GUUGGCUCUACCAUUCUAGUUUGUCCGCCCAGCCUGGGUAAGGCGGGAGCGAGCGAAAUUCAAGCGCCGCUUUAACUGGGAAUCCGGUUUCCUUGGCCCUCCGGUUUCCUUGGCCAUGGAGGCUUCCCAAGGUUUGACGGAAGUGGAGACUUUGAACCCACAACUGGCGGAGAGUUACCUGAGAUAUGUGCAAGAAGCCAAAGAAGCAGCUAAGAAUGGAGAUCUGGAAGAAUCAUUGAAACUUUUCAAUUUGGCAAAGGACAUUUUUCCCACCAAAAAGGUGAUGAGCAGAAUCCAGAAACUACAGGAAGCUCUGGAGCAGUUGGCAGAAGAAGAAGAUGAUGAUGAUGAAUUUACAGAUGUGUGCAACUCUGGCUUACUGCUUUACCGAGAGCUGUAUGAGAAACUCUUUGAGCACCAGAAAGAAGGCAUCGCUUUUCUCUAUAGCCUGUAUAAGGAUGGAAGAAAAGGGGGCAUCUUAGCAGAUGAUAUGGGAUUGGGAAAGACUGUUCAGAUCAUUGCUUUCCUGUCAGGUAUGUUCGAUGCUUCACUUGUGAAUCAUGUGCUAUUGAUCAUGCCAACCAACCUCAUUAAUACAUGGGUCAAAGAAUUUGCCAAGUGGACUCCAGGAAUGAGAGUCAAAACCUUUCAUGGCUCCAGCAAGAAUGAGCGCACUAGAAGCCUGACACGGAUUCAACAAAGGAAUGGUGUUGUGAUCACUACCUACCAAAUGUUACUCAAUAAUUGGCAGCAACUUGCAAGCUUUAAUGGACAAGCAUUUGUAUGGGAUUAUGUCAUCCUUGAUGAAGCCCAUAAGAUCAAAAGUGCCUCUACCAAGUCAGCAAUCUGUGCUCGUGCUGUUCCUGCAAGGAACCGCCUCCUUCUCACAGGAACACCAAUCCAGAAUAAUCUGCAAGAACUGUGGUCCCUGUUUGAUUUUGCUUGCCAAGGUUCCUUGUUAGGAACAUUAAAAACUUUUAAAAUGGAGUAUGAAAAUCCUAUUAUUAGAGCAAGAGAGAAGGAUGCUACCGCUGGGGAAAAAGCCUUGGGACUUAAGAUAUCUGAAAACUUAAUGGAAAUCAUAAAACCCUAUUUUCUAAGGAGGACCAAAGAAGAAGUGCAGAUGAAAAAGGCAGACAACCCAGAGGCCAGACUUGGUGAGAAGAAUCCAGGUGUUGAAGCCAUUUGUGAGCUGCUUUCCCUUACCAGGAAAAAUGAUUUAAUUGUUUGGAUACGCCUUGUGCCUUUACAAGAGGAAAUUUAUAGGAAGUUUGUGUCUUUAGAUCACAUCAAGGAGUUGUUAAUGGAGACACGCUCACCUCUGGCUGAGCUGGGCGUCUUAAAGAAGCUCUGUGACCACCCUAGGCUGUUAUCUGCACGAGCUUGUCGUUUGCUGAAUCUAGGGACUGCCACAUUCUCUGCUCAGGAUGAAAAUGAGGAAGAUGCCUCAGAUAUGAACAGCAUUGAUCACUUAACUGACAAUACACUGAUGCAAGAGUCUGGAAAAAUGAUAUUCUUAAUGUCCCUGCUAGAGAGACUUCAAGAUGAAGGACAUCAGACUCUCGUGUUUUCUCAGUCGAGACAAAUUCUCAACAUUAUUGAGCGUCUCUUAAAGAACAAGCACUUUAAGACAUUGCGAAUUGAUGGCACAGUUACUCAUCUUUGGGAACGAGAAAAAAGAAUUCAGUUAUUCCAGCAAAAUAAAGAAUACUCAGUUUUUCUACUUACCACUCAAGUCGGUGGUGUUGGCCUAACAUUAACUGCAGCGACUAGAGUUGUCAUUUUUGACCCUAGCUGGAACCCUGCAACUGAUGCUCAAGCUGUGGAUAGAGUUUACCGAAUUGGACAGAAAGAGAAUGUUGUGGUUUACCGGCUAAUCACUUGUGGAACUGUGGAAGAAAAGAUAUAUAGAAGACAGGUUUUCAAGGACUCAUUGAUCAGACAAACUACUGGUGAUAAGAAGAACCCAUUCCGCUAUUUCACCAAACAAGAGUUAAAAGAGCUCUUCACAGUUGGGGAUCUGCAGAACUCUGCCACCCAGAUGCAGCUUCAGUGUCUGCAUGCUGCUCAGCGGAGAUCUGAUAAGAAACUAGAUGAGCAUAUUGCUUACCUACACUCGCUGGGCAUAGCAGGAAUCUCAGACCAUGAUUUGAUGUUUACCCAUGAUCUGUCUGUUAAAGAAGAGCUUGACAUGCUGGAAGACUCUCAGUACAUUCAUCAGAGAGUUCAGAAAGCUCAAUUCCUUGUUGAAUCCGAGUCUCAAAAUACAAUGGAAAGACAAAGAACUGGAAGUGAGGAGACCUGGCUCAAAGCACAGGAAUUUUCUUCUCAACAGAAGAAGAAAGGUACUGAAUUAAACAAACCCCAGCCUCAGCCUUCACGCCUUCUGACUAAUCCUACCCAGGUAGAGGCUAUCAGUUCUCAGAUGGCCAGUAUAAGCAUUAAUGAUCAGUCUGCAGAGAGUGAGCCCCAAGAGCACUCCGAGGCACAUGAUGUCACUUCGCUGCAAGGUGAUCAGCACCACUUUGAGACUACAUCUGAUGCUGGCACUAUAGCUUCUUUACCCCAGGAGGCUGGAAGUAUAGGAGGAGUUUGGACUGACUCUUUAGUGAGCCCUGCAAAAAGUUUUGCAGCUGAAAAUGAAGCUGUGCAGAAGAAGGGAUUACAAGCAUCACCUGGGCAAGAGGCCCCAUCAGACAACCUGGGAAGUUUUCAGUAUUUACCUAGACAAUCUAGCAAGGCUGAUCUUGGGCCAAAUUUAGAUCUACAGGAUAGUGUGGUUUUCUAUCACCAUAGUCCCACAGCAAAUGAAAAUCAAAACCGAGAAUCAGAUGUACCCAUGAUUGAAAUAUCUGAUGAGUUGUCAGCAUCCCCUAGUGCACUGCAGGGUGCUCAAGCAAUCGAGGCCCAGUCGGAGUUGAAAGAGGACCCUUUAGAAUCACCACCACAGUAUGCAUGUGAUUUCAAUCUUUUCCUGGAAGACUCUGCAGAUACUAGACAAAAUCUCUCCAGCAAGUUUUUGGAACAUGUUGAGAAAGAAAAUAGCUUGCAAAGCCCUGCAGCUAACGCCAGGGAAGAGUCAGCACUUAAUCUCAGUGUGGAUUCUUCUAAUAAGAGUGAUGAAGAAUCAGAAGUGAUUACUGUGAAAACCAAAAACAAAGCUAGGAUCCUCUCAGAUGAUGAAGAUGAAGAAGAUGCUUUUAAAGGUACUUCCACAAAUUCAUUUAGCAUCUCUCCCUUCCCAUUCUCAUCUGUGAAACAAUUUGAUGCCUCAACUCCGCAAAAUGACAGCAGUCCAUCUCGAAGGGUUUUUUCACCUAAAAUACCCGAUGAUGUGAAUACAUCCUUACAUUCUAGGAGGUCUCUGGCUUCUAGGAGGUCUCUGAUCAAUGUGGUUUUAGAUGAUGUGGAAGAUAUGGAGGAAAGGCUUGAUAACAGCAGCGAGGAGGAGAGUGAGCCAGGGCUUUCAGAAGACAGCAAUGAAGAAGCCUUAGCCUGCACGGAAGAGCAGCCUUCUGGGGCAACACUGGCUUCAGGAAACAAGUCCAGCAACUUGCCCAUGUCUGAGCCUACUUCUCCAGCCUCACAAAGCUCUCCCUGUGCCCCUGAACCUUUGACAAGUGACCCUUUGCUUGAUCCUCCCCAGGAUCCCACAGCGGAGGCUGCUAAUGACUAUGAGAGUCUUGUAGCUCGUGGGAAAGAACUGAAAGAGUGUGGGAGGAUACAGGAGGCUCUCCACUGCUUGGUUAAAGCACUUGAUAUAAAGAGUGCAGAUCCUGAGGUCAUGCUCAUGACUCUAAGUUUGUAUAAGCAACUUAACAUUUGAGAAUUUUAUAGCCUAUUUCUUAUGUCCAAAGUGAAACUGAAUAUAACUGUUUUCUUCAUCAGUUCUUCCCUGAAUAUUUUAUUUUCCCCCCUUUAGGCAUACUUUUGCAAACUCAGAAGUGUUACUUCUAGUUGACAUUACCUAAAGUUUUGUGAAGCUGUUCUGAAAAGGACCAUCUUGUCUGUUAGCUCAGUUCUGAAAAUUAAAGUGACUUUUCUCAAGA